AUGGUAGCACUCAUAAUAUGGCAGUGUAUUCGAUUAUUAUGGCCAGAUAAACCUGACAGUCAUUUAUUGGAGAGUAGUAUAGUGAAAUUAGAAGAUGACAAGUACAAUAAACAUAAGGAAGACAAAGUGAAAAUAAGAGUAUAUUAUGAAGCUCUGUGUCCUGACUCCAAGCACUUCUUUAUGAAACAUUUAGGGCCGGUGACAGAAAAACUAUCAGAUUUUAUAGAUGUAUCAUUAGUUCCUUAUGGAAAAGCAAGUACCAAAGAAGAAAAUGGCCAUUACUAUUUUACGUGUCAGCAUGGUGAGGAAGAAUGUUAUGCUAAUAAAAUUCAUGCCUGUGCUAUAGACGCUCUAAAUAAUAUGACAUCUGCUGUUAAAAUGACUGAAUGUAUGAUAAUAGACAAUAUGGAUGCAGAUAAAGCUCUUUUGAGGUGUGCUAAGCAAAUGAAAAUUGACCCAGAGCCGAUUGCUUUUUGUGCAGUUCAUGAGCAGGGAUCACUAUUGCUAAAGAAAUAUGGUGAUGACACCAGUAUAGUUAAGCCUACUUUCAUUCCAACAAUAAUAAUAAAUGGUUCUAAGGACAAUCAAGCGGCAAUCUUAAAAAACUUUCUGUUGGAGGCCUUACCUCAGAGAGCC